AUGGAGCCGGAUACUCGCCUUCCAUCAACCGCCAUAUUUACAUUUAAUAAGGAAGACCACACCCUUGGAAAUUUGAUCCGCUCUCAGCUCCUGAAGAGUCAACACGUCCAAUUCGCAGGAUAUAAGGUCCCCCAUCCUCUAGUUCAUAAAUUCAUGCUUCGCGUACAAACUGAUGGCACCAUCACUCCCAAGGAUGCAGUCCUGGCUGCCUGUCAUGAACUGGUGAAGGAUCUCGGCACACUUAGCCGCGAGUUUACUAAAGAAUUUGUAUUGCGAAAGAUGGUCAGCGCUGAGUUGCAACAACAGAAUGCACAGAAUGGAGCUUAG